ACGGGGCUGUGGCAGCACGCUCCCCAUCCCUGCUUACCGUGCACCCCGAGCUGUGCGGCCCGCUUGGCGCCCUCGGUUUAAAAAAAAAAAAAAAUUAAAGGUGGCCGAGAAGGAAAGGGUUAACCGUUGUCUUUAAAUAUUCAUAUCAUUGUUUUAAAGGUGUAAACAGGCGGCUUCUGGGUUGGAGGGGACUGCUUCAUGCUAUGCACAUUUACUCCCCCCCAUUAAUUACGAUUUCCCCAAGCACCCCCCCACCCCCAUUUUCGCACACCCACCCUCCAAAAACUAAGUUUUCAAGGUUCGGACGAGAGUGUGGAUGUGUGUCCCUCGUUCCAUUUCGAAUUUUAAGGCGCCUGAGUUCUUUCUGGACUUAAGGUGUUUUAAACUUUAUUUCUCUUAAAAAUCUGGGAAAAUAGAAAUUACGUUUAAAAAGAAGUUAGUCGCUCAAAUUCCCCGCCUCUUUCGGGGAAGGGGGAGUUGGUAGGGCUGGAGGUAGGAAAAUAACUGGAUGCCUCGUGAGUUGGAUUUUUUUCCCCUCUGGUAGGAGUGAGGCUGUGUUAAGUGCGAGGCGUUUUGUGAGCAAAGCACUGUUGUUUUGUUCCAAACUCUUCCAAGUCAAAGUGCUAUUGGACUUUUCCUAACUCUGAAAUGGCUUCAGAAUUCCCCUCUGGGUAAUUUGCUUUGCUCUCCUGCCACCCUCCUUUUGCACAGGUGGUUUUCUUGGAGUCUUGGGAGGUUUAUUCCUUCAGAGUUGUAGGUUUCAAACCGAAAUGAUUGCUCACCCCCAAACAUGUUUUUGUAAGGACAGUUUGGAUUACUGCCCAUACUCGGGCUUUGUGAGAUUUAUUUUAUUUAGUUAUUUUGUGUGUGUGUGUGUGUGUGUGUACGCAUGAGUGCCAGAGAGAGAGAUUUUAAAUGAGUGAUGUGCUUCCCAGGAGAUCAGAAACUCUAUAAAUGGGAAUUGUGUUCUUUAUCAUAAAUUUUAUAGGGGAAACUGACUAAAAAACUUGGGUGUUUGUAAUCUUAUGCCCAAUAAAAUAUCAAUCUGGAGGUUUGUAAAACCUGGGAGCACUUGUAAGAUUCUGGUUUAACCUCGGAGACUUCAAAUUUAGAAGGGUUUGCCCUAGAAACUUUUCACUGGUACCUAGUACCAUAAAUGCCGGUGAUUUAGUACAGUUUAAUUUCUCAUUUUUGUUCUGCAGUGACACCGUAGUGAGCAGGAGCAAGCGUAUUUGUUUUGUCAAUGAUGUGUGUGUACUGGUUGGUUGGGCGGGAUGUUUGCUUUCUAGGAAAGCGCUCUGCAUUAAAAUAUUAGAGAAUUUUCCACUGCUCUCUUGGAGAAAAUUAAUCUUGCUGUGUUAAACAGGCAUUCCACUUUUCAAGUUGUGUUCUUUAGUGAGGCUUCCUUAGUUUUGGAUCAUCUUCUACUUUUGGCUGAGAGUAAAAACAUGCUUUUCUAAAAUUGAAUUGAGCAUCACAAAGAAUUUCAUGAAAUGCGUUUCCAUCAGCAUCCUUUUCCUGCAGGGUGUCUGUCUCAUGGGCAUUUUAUUUUUCUAUGUGAGAUAACAGAAGAUAUUAAAAGGUUUUCCAGAAAAGUGCCGUUAGCCAGGCCUUGUAAUUUCUAAACCAUAGAGCUCCUAGGUUGACAGAUGCAGUGACUAGAAGUUUUCUCAUGAUGCUGGCCGCCAGAGGAACCUUUGGGACUUACUGCUCAAGAUGGCCUUGUGUUAUGUGCCAGCUGGCACAGAUUGCCUUCUUCAGGGGAGGUGUCCUGGCUGCCCCUCAGAGCCCCAGUUACAGCAACACAGACGUCAGGUCUUCUUUCUUAGAAGAUGUCUGUGAUGGUGGAUCUCUGAAGAAACCAGCCAGCUAGGAGAGGGAGGGGAGGAGCCGGGUUGUGAGGAGUGCGCGCCCCAGAACCAUGUCUACGCGGGAGUCCUUUAACCCGGAAAGUUAUGAAUUGGACAAGAGCUUCCGGCUAACCAGAUUCACUGAACUGAAGGGCACCGGCUGCAAAGUGCCCCAAGAUGUCCUGCAGAAAUUGCUGGAAUCUUUACAAGAGAACCACUUCCAAGAAGAUGAGCAGUUUCUGGGAGCAGUUAUGCCAAGGCUUGGCAUUGGAAUGGAUACUUGCGUCAUUCCUUUGAGGCAUGGUGGUCUCUCUUUGGUUCAAACCACGGAUUACAUCUAUCCUAUUGUCGAUGACCCUUACAUGAUGGGCAGGAUAGCAUGUGCCAACGUCCUCAGUGACCUGUACGCCAUGGGGGUCACGGAAUGUGACAAUAUGCUGAUGCUGCUUGGAAUCAGUAAUAAAAUGACCGACAGGGAAAGGGAUAAAGUGAUGCCCCUAAUUAUACAGGGUUUUAAAGAUGCAGCAGAGGAGGCAGGAACGUCUGUGACUGGCGGCCAGACGGUAUUAAACCCCUGGAUCGUGCUGGGAGGAGUGGCCACAACCGUCUGCCAGCCCAACGAAUUCAUCAUGCCAGAUAAUGCGGUGCCAGGGGAUGUGCUAGUGCUGACGAAGCCCCUGGGGACGCAGGUGGCCGUGGCCGUGCACCAGUGGCUGGACAUUCCUGAAAAAUGGAAUAAGAUCAAACUAGUGGUCACCCAAGAAGACGUCGAGUUGGCGUACCAGGAGGCAAUGAUGAACAUGGCGAGGCUCAACAGAACAGCUGCCGGGCUCAUGCACACAUUCAAUGCCCACGCUGCCACUGAUAUCACGGGCUUUGGAAUUUUGGGUCAUGCGCAGAACCUGGCCAAGCAGCAGAGGAACGAGGUGUCCUUCGUGAUCCACAACCUUCCUGUCCUGGCCAAGAUGGCUGCUGUGAGCAAGGCCUGUGGAAACAUGUUUGGCCUCAUGCACGGGACUUGCCCGGAGACAUCAGGAGGCCUCCUCAUCUGUUUACCGCGAGAGCAAGCCGCCCGGUUCUGCGCAGAGAUCAAGUCUCCCAAAUACGGGGAAGGCCACCAAGCAUGGAUUAUUGGGAUCGUGGAGAAGGGCAACCGCACGGCCAGAAUCAUAGACAAGCCCCGGAUCAUCGAAGUCGCACCGCAGGUGGCCACUCAGAACGUGAACCCCACCCCGGGGGCCACCUCUUAAUCUCAACCCAAGUAGCUCUUUGGUUUUGUUUUUAAAUAGAUCUAUUUCCUUUUUCAUCGUUUCAAUUAAAGACUAUAAACGGCCACAAAAAAAUCUCAUUGUGUCUACACAUCUGGUGACCUUAGGUCGAUUUGUGAGUGGAUGCAAUUAAUAAAAUAAAAUCCAUCGCCUUUUUUUCCUGUUACAUUAACUGAAGAUGCACCUAAUCUUGAGGCAGCUUCUGAGUUGAGAAUUAUAUUGUUAUCCAAUACUGUUGAUUCAUUUUGAAUCUUUAGACACUUAUCUCUUGCCGCAUAGGCUCUUUUUAAAGGUGCUUUCCCGUAGCACAGACAUGCCCGUCGUGGUGUCAGAUAGCAGUUGGUGUCUUUCCAUUUUGUGCGUAUUUAUCAUUCUCGGUCUGGUCUUUUGUAAGUGUCUUGGAUGGUAUUCUGAAAAGAUGGAAUUGGUAAGUGACACAUUGGUAUCCCAUGAGUGAGAGGGUUGCAUGGUUCCUUCUAGUCCUUGCUUUGUAAAGCCCGGUCUCCUCAUUCAAGAGUGUCUCUUUUGACCCAAGACAUUUCCCCAGUAGUGUAUUCAGUUCAGCAAGGCAAGUGCUUAACUCUGCAUGGAAAGCACUUUGAAGACAAAAAAAGAAAGCUAGUUUCUUUUUUUGUAGCCUUCCUAAUAUUUACAGUAAUACUAUUAACUGUUUUCUUUAUGGACAGCAAGCAAGGAUCCUUACUGCAGUGUAAUUAGAUGUUCGCUCGUGCAACAAGGAAUCGGCCUUCCGGAAGGGGGUUUAUGUAUAAUAAUACUCCUUUACAAUUCAGUCUAUAAUUAACUACACAAAUAAUUUUGAAAUAUAAUCAAUAAUAAAGACUGUUCUGUGGAUGGUAGUGGUUACUACAUUUUAUAUUUUGUAUAGUGAUUUCAGGCCUUUUGUUUUCCUGAACUCAGCAGUUCUUUAGCCGAAAUCUUAGCAUUAUUUUGUCCUUGGCGCCAGUACGUUUUUGUGCACGCUUUUUGUGAUCUGUGUUAAAAAUCUGCAUUGCCAACGUCGCAGCUCGAACUGAAACUUGUUAUUCAAAUAAAUAUUUAAUUUUUUUUAUUGCUCUUGUAUAAUCAGAUGCCCCCUUUAGUAUCAUUUGAGAAGCGUUGGGAGGGUUUUGGCUAAAAGUACAAUUUAUUGGGGAAAACUAGAUUUUAGUUUUAUAAAACUUUUAAGUCUUUCAUGGGACCUAUAUUUUCUUGAAUUAAAUUUUGUAGUGCUAGAACAAAUAGACGAUCUAAAAAGGUGUUUAUCUGUGUUACUUAAAAACAGAGGCUUCCUUCUAUUUUAACCCACUAAACCAUAAGGAGGGAUCGCGGUUAGUAAGCAGCGCGCUGACUCCUCGAGUGUCCGCCUGAGGGAAGCAGCCGCCGGCCCUGCGAGUCUCUGAUGCCUCCUGCGCCCGGGCACCAAAGCCGUGACGACAGAUCUUCUUGCCAAAGGAAGCCACCCCUGCGGAGAGGACGCCCCCGAAGAGGCUUCCCUUGGGAUGCGCCCUCCGUCAGGAGCCAGAGGGCAGCCUUUUUGCAAGUGUAGCUGGAACUCAAGCCAUAAGUACGGUGUGCGGCACCCAAAAGGCUGCUUCGGAACGGACAUUCGUUGGACGUUUUCUAGGGAUUUAUACAGAUGUUGGUCCUCAAAAGCUAAAGACCAGUGGUCGACAAAAAUAAAAUGUGUUGGAAACCUCUGAGUAAGGUGAA